GCCGAUGGGGGCGUGACCUCUCCGUGACCCCUCCCCCUGAGUGACGUCACCGCGAGGCUGCAGGCGGCCGCAGCCAUGGUGGAGCCGGGCUGGCUGCUGAGCCCCGCGGGCCGCCCCUACCUGGCCUCGGUGCUGCACAAGAACCAGCGCAGGGUGUUCGGCCUGCUGGAGCACCCCACGCUGCCGCCCGCUCUGGCCGUGCCCACGGCGCGCUACAAAAUCUUCCUCAGCGGCAAGAGCGGCGUGGGCAAGACCGCGCUGGUGGCCGCCCUCACCGGGACCCCCGCGCCCACCGCCCACCGCGAGACCUUGGGCAUCGAGGCCAGCAGCGUGUUCUGGCCGGCCCAGCCACGCGGCGCCCAGCGCGCGGUCAUGUUCCAGCUGCAGCUCUGGGACUGCGGCGACAGCGCCCUGAGGAAGUUCGAGCACAUCCUGCCCGCCUGCAAGGAGGAGGCGGACGCCGUCCUCUUCCUCUUCUCCUUCACCGACCGCGCGUCCUUCGAGGAGCUGCCGGCGCGGCUGGCGCGGGUGGUGGCCCCCGGCGAGGACCUGCUGCGGGUGGUGGUGGGCACCAAGUUCGACCUGGCCGCCCAGGCCGAUGUGACCGAGGCCGACCUGGAGGCCUUCCAGGGCACCUGGGGGCUGCCGGUGCUGCGGGCGGGGGGCAGCGGGGUGGGCCGGGGGGGGCUGGCAAGGGUGGCCCCCCUGCUGGACGCCCUGGUGGGGUGGCUCUGGGAACGCGACCAGGUCGCUGCCAGCGUCGCCCCCGAGGGGCAGGAGCCCCCCCCCACCUGAACCCCACUGUGCUGGGGGGGGGGCCCUCACUGCGGUGUUUGCCCCCCCCCCAUUAAACAGCGAUGCUUUUCCAACCCG